CUGUCUGCCUUUCCAGCCUGGUCUCUUCCCACCCUUUUGCUGCCCAGCCUCUAACCUCUUGGCUAUUCCCUUGGUUUGGUAUAUCCUGCCUUCACCUCUUCCAUGGCUGACUCCUCAUCCUUUCAAAUGUAGCCUCCUGACCCUUUGUGUCUUUCACAUCCUGAGCUCUCUGAAAUUACCUUUUUUAUUUUUUGCCAUCUUCCUGCCUGUCUGGCUGAGAGCAUCAGAUGGGCUGUGGAAUCCCCAGCAUCUAGCACAGGGCCUGGUGUACAAUGGGUGCCCAAAUCUUUAUUGAAUCAUGUGUGUACCUGCCCUCUGUCCUGAGUGAAUCACUUGCCUGUGCAACUUUAUUUCAGGGGUCCACCUGCUACCCAGCCUUCAGGUUAAACUCCUUGGUUUGGCAUUCAAGGGCUCUCAGCCUGGCUCCCUGGCCUUGGGCUAGCCACACUUCUCUGUGUCAGCACCACAGUGUUUUUUUCUUAGUUUCCUCUUUCUAAUGCAGAGCCUGCCCACUCGUGUUUAGUCAACAUUUAUAGAGCACAUGUGAUGUGCCAGCCAUUGGGCAUAUAGUGGUGAGCAAUGUGACACAUUCUCUGCCUUCCUGGCAUGGUGGAAGAGAUUGCCGUUAAAACAUCACCAGACCAAUGCAUGAUUACAGACUGUCAUAAGUGACAUGAAGGGGAAGCCCAGCAUGCUAUGAUCAUUUAGUGAAAGGCUCUGUGGGGUCUGAGAAGGCUUCCUGAGGCUUCAGAGAUCCUUUUAAAUGCCACUUUUCUUAAGAAAACCUUUUGCAGCCCUCAACGUGUGUGAGCGAACACUACUUAAAACCCUCCUUUUGCCCUCCAGGCUUUGCCCAGGAUGGUUCCUUCUGGAAUGUCUAUUCCCCUCCUUCCCUCCCUGAAGCUCUUUGUCAGGGACAAAGGUAGGAUCCCUCCCCUUCCGUCUUCUCCACUGGAUGCCUGUGUCGUAUUCAUCUGUGACCACCAGGUACUACCACAGAGCUGGAGCUAAGGAAGGGAAGGAUCGAAUCAUAUUUGUAACCAAAGAAGAUCAUGAAACUCCAAGCAAUGCAGAACUGGUGGCCGAUGACCCCAAUGAUCCAUACGAGGAGCACGGAUUGAUACUGCCAAAUGGAAACAUUAACUGGAACUGCCCAUGCCUUGGGGGAAUGGCCAGCGGUCCCUGUGGAGAACAAUUCAAGUCAGCCUUUUCCUGCUUCCACUAUAGCACAGAGGAGAUCAAGGGGUCAGACUGUGUAGACCAGUUCCGGGCCAUGCAGGAAUGCAUGCAGAAAUACCCAGACCUCUACCCCCAAGAGGAUGAGGAUGAGGAAGAGGAAAGGGAGAAGGAGCCAGCAGAACAAGUAGAAGAAACAGCUCCCACUGAGGCCACUGCAACCAAAGAAGAGGAGGGGUCAAGUUAAUGAAGGCCACAAGGCACUGGGCUCCAGUCCUUUUGGAGUGGACCUUUUGCAAAAGGCCUUGUCACCUUCCAAGAAAGUGUCUUUCCCUCUGUUGUCCUGUGCACUGUAAUAUACAAAAUAACUUAUUUUGAUGAUCAGAGGUCUUGACCUCUUGACAUAUACACUGAAAAAAAUGGGGGUUGUAUGUAUGUGUGUCCUACCUAAACCUGUAGCUGCCACUUUUGAAUUCUCUUCUCAGAUUGCCCUGAAUUUUGCCACUUUUAAAUAACGUGCUGAAUAAGCUCAGCAACUAAAAACCAUUACCCAAGAACGUUUUUUGUGAGUGAGCUGAUUUAUUCUGAUUCAUUAUAUUCCUUUUGGUAGAUUGUAUACCCCUUGGGGAAAAUAAUACAAGUAUAGAAACAAAAACAUCUUCUCUUAAAAAUGCUGGGGUGGGGCCAUAUCUACUAGCAGAGGCCAGAUGGUCAGAUACGAUUUCUGCAAACCCAUCUUGACCUUGAGUAUCUGAAGGGGUACUGUACUUCAUUCCUGAUACAUUUUGGUUUCCAUGAUGGUGUGGAGCUCCUGGUUUUCUGUGUUUGGACGAUGAAUAUUUGGACCCUCCCCUUCAUAAUCUCUUUCUAAGUGAAGGGAGAGGCUGGCUUGGCUGUUCCUUGUUAUUCCGAAAGCCCUGGUUUGGGGCUCAUGUUCACAUUGGCUCUCAAUCUGGCCAGGUGCAGUGUUCUUGCAAGGUGGGGACCUAAUUAUAACCAGAGUAGCAGGAAGAGAGGAAACAUUGUGAAUUAAGUAUUCAAUUAAAAGGAAACAUGAUUUCUACCUGA